AUGAAGAACCCGUUGCACAACCCGUUGCCUGCCUCGCUAUCAAGCGAGUGCAAAAAGGCCGCUGCGAUUCUCGAAUCCUUCAUCAACCCGAAGCUCAAAAUCGAUGGAGAAAUCCCACGAAAGAUAUUCGCGGGAGCAAAGGGAAUCGCCAUAUUCACUGCGUUCAGAUUCGGAUUCCUGGGCUCUAUCCGUUUUGGCUCGGGACUAAUUGUCGCUCGUCUCCCAGAUGGCAGCUGGUCCGCCCCGUCAGCCAUGGCAAUGGGCGGCCUCGGCGCCGGUGGCCAAUUUGGCGCAGAAUUAACUGAUUUCGUGUUCGUUCUGACUACCGAUGCCGCCGUGAAGACAUUCAUGCAGUCGGGAAACUUGACCCUUGGUGGGAAUAUAUCCAUGGCUGUCGGUCCCAUUGGUCGGAGCGCGGAGGCUGGGGGAGUAGUGGGGACCAAGGGCGCGACUGGAGUCUUCGCCUACUCCAAGACUCGGGGAUUGUACGGCGGUCUUACAGUCGAGGGUGGUGUACUUGCCGAGCGUGCGGAUGCAAACAAAAAGCUGUAUGGGCGGAAGAUUCGAGCGAAGGAGCUGCUGAGCGGAUCGAUUCCACCACCACCUGAAGCGGGAGCUCUCAUCGAAGUCUUGAAUGGGGAGUUCUUCCGUAUCGAAGGAGCUGCUGAACCGGCUUCGGAAGGCUCCGAGCAGGCGCGCGAACAAAGUCCCGAGGCUUCUGCGCAACCCCCUGACGGGCAACCACAGGGGAUUCUGGCGCCUGCUGCUAAUCAGCCAUCAGCUGUCGAGUCAAGCGCAGAGCAGAUGCCUGGAACUGCAGAAUUACCCAUCAGAGAUCCUCACGGUGUACCUCAUGAGCGAGAUGCUCAGGAAGCAAUGCCAGCCACUGAAAGUAAACCAGCUAUUGAGCUAGAUACGGAGGGAGCAACUGGGGAUGCUGGAUUAUUCAACGAAACUACCCACGAUACGCAUACGUCAAACAUGCCCGAGCCUAUAUCUACUGCUGAUCAUGUUUCCGCUGUGGAGUCGAAUACACAACUGGAACCUAAAGGCAAAGAACCGGCAACUGGAGACACGCACGUUACCACUCAUGAGGCAGAUAUCACCGGGCCUAUGCCCGCUACUGAGCGGCUGUCUGAAAGCAAAGAGACUGCCCCUAGUAUGAAUCGCUGA